CAUAUGUUUAUAUGGUGGACAAGCGCUAGAAAACAAAACCAAAAAAAAAAAAAAAAGGUUACCGGUUAUUGCACAAAAUAUUUAUUUUGAAGUAAUUUGGCUUUAUGUAUGUUUACACGUUGAUGGAUGAGGAGCUGUGCUGAAUUCAAUACCAUUUGGAUGAUAAUUUGAAGACUUUUGAAAAUGAAAUGCUGGAUUUAUGACUCGACAAAAUGGAAGAAGAUAUCUGUUACCAUUGUAACUACCAGCAUUUUCUUUUCAUCACUGUUUUUUGCAGAAGCAACCACAUUUGUGAGCACGGCAACUCCUCAAGCAACAAGUCAAAGACCAUCUACGGCUUCUGGUACGUCAACGACUGCACAAAAAUCUUCCACGAUUACAUCACAGACAUCUUCACCAACAGUUCAAACAAGUGUGCCAACAUCCACAUUCACAACGCAACAAGUGACUUCAAGACCAACCACUCAGCUGUCUACACAAUCUAUCCAUACAUCUGUCAAUGUAGAGACAUCAAGUCCAUAUUCCACAAGCAUGACCAGUCAUUCAUCACAAACAUCUCUUCCAGCAACCACAUUUGUGAGCACGGCAACUCCUCAAGCAACAAGUCAAAGACCAUCUACGGCUUCUGGUACGUCAACGACUGCACAAAAAUCUUCCACAAUUACAUCAGAGACAUCUUCACCAACAGUUCAAACAAGUGUGCCAACAUCCACAUUCACAACGCAACAAGUGACUUCAAGACCAACCACUCAGCUGUCUACACAAUCUAUCCAUACAUCUGUCAAUGUAGAGACAUCAAGUCCAUAUUCCACAAGCAUGACCAGUCAUUCAUCACAAACAUCUCUUCCAGCAACCACAUUUGUGAGCACGGCAACUCCUCAAGCAACAAGUCAAAGACCAUCUACGGCUUCUGUUACGUCAACGACUGCACAAAAAUCUUCCACAAUUACAUCACAGACAUCUUCACCAACAGUUCAAACAAGUGUGCCAACAUCCACAUUCACAACGCAACAAGUGACUUCAAGACCAACCACUCAGCUGUCUACACAAUCUAUCCAUACAUCUGUCAAUGUAGAGACAUCAAGUCCAUAUUCCACAAGCAUGACCAGUCAUUCAUCACAAACAUCUCUUCCAGCAACCACAUUUGUGAGCACGGCAACUCCUCAAGCAACAAGUCAAAGACCAUCUACGGCUUCUGGUACGUCAACGACUGCACAAAAAUCUUCCACGAUUACAUCACAGACAUCUUCACCAACAGUUCAAACAAGUGUGCCAACAUCCACAUUCACAACGCAACAAGUGACUUCAAGACCAACCACUCAGCUGUCUACACAAUCUAUCCAUACAUCUGUCAAUGUAGAGACAUCAAGUCCAUAUUCCACAAGCACGACCAGUCAUUCAUCACAAACAUCUCUUCCAGCAACCACAUUUGUGAGCACGGCAACUCCUCAAGCAACAAGUCAAAGACCAUCUACGGCUUCUGGUACGUCAACGACUGCACAAAAAUCUUCCACGAUUACAUCACAGACAUCUUCACCAACAGUUCAAACAAGUGUGCCAACAUCCACAUUCACAACACAACAAGUGACUUCAAGACCAACCACUCAGCUGUCUACACAAUCUAUCCAUACAUCUGUCAAUGUAGAGACAUCAAGUCCAUAUUCCACAAGCAUGACCAGUCAUUCAUCACAAACAUCUCUUCCAGCAACCACAUUUGUGAGCACGGCAACUCCUCAAGCAACAAGUCAAAGACCAUCUACGGCUUCUGGUACGUCAACGACUGCACAAAAAUCUUCCACGAUUACAUCACAGACAUCUUCACCAACAGUUCAAACAAGUGUGCCAACAUCCACAUUCACAACGCAACAAGUGACUUCAAGACCAACCACUCAGCUGUCUACACAAUCUAUCCAUACAUCUGUCAAUGUAGAGACAUCAAGUCCAUAUUCCACAAGCACGACCAGUCAUUCAUCACAAACAUCUCUUCCAGCAACCACAUUUGUGAGCACGGCAACUCCUCAAGCAACAAGUCAAAGACCAUCUACGGCUUCUGGUACGUCAACGACUGCACAAAAAUCUUCCACGAUUACAUCACAGACAUCUUCACCAACAGUUCAAACAAGUGUGCCAACAUCCACAUUCACAACGCAACAAGUGACUUCAAGACCAACCACUCAGCUGUCUACACAAUCUAUCCAUACAUCUGUCAAUGUAGAGACAUCAAGUCCAUAUUCCACAAGCACGACUAGUCAUUCAUCACAAACAUCUCUUCCAGCAACCACAUUUGUGAGCACGGCAACUCCUCAAGCAACAAGUCAAAGAC